AUGGUUUUUGGCGACUUCUUCCAGCUCCCUGCACCAGGCAAAGCUAAACCUCUCUGUGUAUACGAGGAUCAUGUUCUUGAUUUCUGGAAGGACCAGUUUCAAAUUGUUACUCUGACAGAAAUCAUGCGUCAAAAAGAUGACGUGCCAUUUGCAGAACUACUCAACAGGCUAAGAGUGAAACGCAAGGGAGAGGCAUUAACUGAAGCAGACAGAGCUCUUCUUACCCAGGCCGUAUGUCAAGCUGAAGACUGUCCCAAAGACGUCUUACAUCUUUUUGCAACUAAUAAAGAAGUACAGCAACACAAUGCAAACACCAUCUCUGCUCUGUACUCUGAACUGGUCAAUGUCGAAGCCCAUGACUACAGAAAAGAUCCUCAAUCUGGACGCAUGGCAAGAAUGAGAGAGCCUGUCAAAGGAUGUAAAGGAGAGUUACCUGAUAGACUAGAAAUCGCUGAAGGUGCCCCUGUGAUGUUGAUCAGAAACAUAGACGUGGAAGAUGGCCUAGUAAAUGGCUCAUUUGGAAAGAUUGCUAAGAUUGUUUAUCAAGUCCAAGAUGGCAAGAAAAAUGUAAAGAUGGUUGGCAUUGAACUAGACAGCCCAAAUGCAGGUCAGAGACAUCGCAACAAGGUGCCCAGCUGUGUGUCUAUGAAGAGUGACCGGUCCAUGGAUCCUCUUGCUAAUUUCAGCAGUGGACCACCACCAUCUGAUCCGAGACCACAGACACACAGACCAGUGUCUCCAGUGCCCAGCUGUGUGUCUAUGAAGAGUGACCGGUCCAUGGAUCCCCUUGCCAAUUUCAGCAGUGCACCACCACCAUCUGAUCCAAGACCACAGACACACAGACCAGUGUCUCCAGUGCCCAGCUGUUUGUCUAUGAAGAGUGACCGGUCCAUGGAACCUCUUGGUAAUUUCAGCAGUGGACCACCAUCUGAUCCAAGUGGGAGUAGGAAUACCCUGACCCAGGAUCAGUCCAGGUGUGGAGUGUGUGAGCAGCUACUGAGGGACCCAGUCAUCACCAGCUGUGGACACAGUUUCUGCAGGCAGUGCAUCAGCAGCUACUGGAGCCAGUCUGGUCCAUCAGGAGACUACAACUGUCCCCAGUGCAGAAAGAGACCCAGAACACAAGACAACCAUGUCCUGAACAGAGUACUGAUGACCCAUAAAGCCAGUAUGAAGAGGAGGUUUGAGAGCAUAUGUGAAGGCAUCAUAAGAUCAGGGACUCAAACACUCCUGAACAAGAUCUACACAGAGCUCUACAUCACAGAGGGAGAGAGUGAAGGGGUGAAUAAUGAGCAUGAGGUUUGGCAGGUGGAGUCAGCAUCCAGACCACAAACUACAGAUGACAUAGCAAUCAAGUGUAAUGAUAUCUUCAAGCCCUUACCUGGACAGGAGAGACACAUCAGAACUGUCAUGACCAAGGGGAUUGCUGGCAUUGGAAAAACUGUCUCAGUGCAGAAGUUCAUCCUUGACUGGGCAGAGGACGGAGCUAACCAGGAUGUGGAUUUCAUGUUUGUGCUUCCGUUCCGUGAGCUGAAUUUGGUCCAACAUGAUCAGUACAGUCUUCACAGGCUCCUGCUUGACUUCCACCCUGAGCUUAGAGAGCUACAAGAGGAUGAAUACAAAGAUUGCCACAUUGUGUUCAUAUUUGAUGGUCUGGAUGAGAGUAGACUUCCACUGAAUUUCCAAGAGAACCAGAAGUUGUCUGAUGCAACACAAACAUCAUCAGUGGAUGUGCUGAUAACGAGCCUCAUUCAGGGAACUCUGCUUCCCUCUGCUCUCCUUUGGAUAACCUCCCGACCAGCAGCAACCAGUCAGGUCCCUUCUCAGUGCAUCAGUCAGAUAACGGAAGUACGAGGAUUCAGUGACCCACAAAAGGAGGAGUACUUCAGGAAGAGAGUCAGUAACCAGAAUCAAGCCAACAGAAUCAUCUCACACAUUACGGCAACCAGGAGCCUUCACAUCAUGUGCUACAUGCCAGUCUUCUGUUGGAUCUCAGCCACUGUCCUUCAGAAAAUACUGGAACAGGAUGAUGGGAAGGAAGCCCCCAAAACUCUGACUGAGAUGUUCAUACACUUUCUGCUCAUCCAGACCACAAGGAAGGGCCAGAAGUAUCAAGAGGAAAGUGAGACCGAUAGACAGAGCCUCCUAGAAUCACAUAAGGGUGUCAUAUUGAAACUAGCAGAGCUGGCUUUCAAGAAUCUGGAUAAUGGCAAUCUCAUGUUCUAUGAGGAGGACCUGAGAGAGUGUGGCAUUGAUGUCAGUGAAGCUUCAGUGUACUCUGGCAUGUGCACUGAGAUCUUCAGGGAGGAAUGUGUGUUUCAUUACAAGAAAGUCUACUGCUUUGUCCAUCUGAGCAUCCAGGAGUUUCUUGCUGCACUUCAUUUGUUUUCCUCCUACUUGAGUAAGAACAUUGAGGUCCUGAAAUCAUUUGUUAGCACCAAGCCCUGGUCUUUACCAGAUGUGCCUCUCGAUGAGCUGCUGAAGAAUGCUGUGAACAAAGCUUUAGAAAGCAAGAAUGGACACCUUGAUUUGUUUGUUCGCUUUCUUCAUGGCAUUUCUCUGGUGUCAAAUCAGAGCCUUUUGCUAGGCCUCCUGACACACACACACAGCAGCCCAGAGAGUGUGAAGAAAACAUUGAGGAACCUGAAGGUGAUGCAGAGACAAAAUAUCUCUCCUGAACGGUGCAUCAACCUGUUCCACUGCCUGGUGGAAAUGCAUGACUGUUCUGUCCAUGAUGAAAUCCAGGCUUUCCUGAAGGCAGAGAAAGGUGCUGUGAAACAGCUCACACUGGCUCACUGCUCAGCCUUGGCUCAUGUGCUUCUGAUGUCUGAUGAGGUGCUGGAUGAGUUUGACCUAAAGAAAUACAAAACCUCAGAUGAGGGACGGAGGAGACUUGUGCCAGCUGUGAGAUGUUGCAGAAAGGCUCUACUUGUUGACUGUAAGCUAUCAGAGAAGUCCUGUGAGAUUGUGAUCUCAGCUCUGCAGUCUGCAAACUCCCCCUUAAGAGAGCUGGACCUGAGUCAGAAUUACCUGGCAAAUUCAGUAGAAAAGCUGCCCACUGCUCUACAGAGUCCAAACUGCAAACUGGAGGCACUGAGGCUUGUUGGCUGUGGACUCACUGAGAAGUCUGGUGACAUUUUGGGCUUUGCUCUGCAGUCAGUAAACUCCCAUCUGAGAGAGCUGGACCUGAGUAAGAAUACUCUGGGGGAUUGUGGAGGAAAGCUGGGCUCUGAAGCACUGAAUCCACACUGUAAGAUGGAGACACUUAGACUUGCUGAUUGUGAGCUAACAGCGAAGCCCUUGGAGAUUAUGGCCUCAGCUCUGCAGUCUGCAAACUGCCCCUUAAGAGAGCUGGACCUGAGUCAGAAUGACCUGCAGGUGUCAGGAGAAAAACUGGUCUCUGCUCUACAGAGUUCAAACUGCAAACUGCAGACACUGAGACUUACCAGGUGUAAACUCAGAUACAGCUCCUCUGAGGUUGUGGUCUCAGUUCUGCAGUCAUAUAUUUCUCAACUGAGUGAGUUGGACAUGAGUGGCUGUGAUCUUCAAACAUCAGACGAGAAGCUGCCCUCUGAUCUUAAAAACCCAAACUGUCAACUGAAGAAGCUGAGACUUGUUGGCAGUAAACUGAGAGGAAGAUUUCUGGCUGUGACUCUUCAGUGGGCAAACUCCCAUCUAAGAGACCUGGACAUCAGUGACAGUGAGCUUCUGGACUGUGGAGGAGAACUGCUCCAUCAACCACUGAAUCAAGACUGUAAAGUGAGACUCAUCAGCUGUAGACUCAAACACAGCUCCUCUACUUGUUGGCUGUAA